CAUGUUGAGACAAAGACAUGCUCUGCAGCUUGGGUCUCCUUUUCCAAUUCAAUGUAUAUCAUUUAUUUAGGUUGAAUAUGUGUAGACUUACCUCCAACUGCUGUGAGGCUCUGGCCCCAGCUCUCAGCUCUAAUUCCCAACACCUGAGAGAGCUGGAACUGAGUGACAAUGAUCUGCUGGAUUCAGGAGUGAAGCUGCUUUCUGCUGGACUGGCGAAUGCACACUGUAAACUUGAGAUACUGAGUAUGGACCGUGGAGAGUGCAGGGCUGAUAAACCUGGGCAAAGAGAUAUACCUGUGAGCUCACACUGGACACACGCACAGUACAGCACAGUACACAAACUGCUCUCACUGCCCGAGGAGAAGAGAAAGGUGCCACGGGAGAAAGAGACGCAGCAGUAUCCUGAUCACCCAGAUAUAUUUCGGAUAGAGCCACAGGUGCUGUGUAAAGAGGAGCUGUCUGGGCACUGUUACUGGGAGGUAGAGUGGAGGGAUGGGGCUAGGAUAGGAGUGACAUAUAAAGGAAUCAGCAGGAGGCAGGGAGGUCACUAUUCAAGUCUCCGACGCAAUGACAAGUCAUGGAUUCUAUUCUACUUGCAUAAAAACUGUUAUGCCCAUCGCAAUAAUAAGACCACUAGGAUACCUGCCUCCUUCUCCCACUCUAACAGAGUAGGAGUGUAUCUGGACAGGGUGGCCGGCACUCUUUCCUUCUAUAGUGUCUCAUCCAAAACACUCACCCGCCUGUACACAUACUACGCUGCAUUCACUGAACCCCUCUACCCAGGGUUUCGGAUUCGGCUCGACUCGUCAGUGUCCCUGUGGGUAGAACAGCCUCCUCUGUCCUGGAGCAACACCUGA